AAAAAAAAACAGAUUGCGAAGUUUAGUGCGUGUGUAUAAAAGUUAAAGAACAAUCAAAACGACCUUGUGUUCAACUGCGAUAUGGCGGCACCAGUUGUGUUGGAGUUGUUGAUGGCUUCAAGUGGCAUGUCCCACAAUUGAAGGAGGCAGCAGCAUAAGGCGUCUAAAGUAGCGGCCACUGACGGAGCAAGCAACAGCGCAUAUACACAGACACACGAACGCGACUCACGCUUAGCUGUGUGUGUGUGCAGCAGGCGCGCACAAUAUGGAAGACUUAUUCCUACUGAUUAUCAAGGAGUCAACAGGGACUAAACACAACGCUUUGCGACAAACGGCGCAAAUAGCUUAUGAUAAACUAUAUCGACAACAUGGCAUACAUCGCGACCCGUCACAUGAGCUACGGUCCGUAUGUUUCACGGCACUACAAAUGGCCUUGGACACCAAACGGCCAAAGUUCAUCACAAUGGGCCUAAAUGGGUUACAUCGCGUCAUCAAGGACGAACGUUUCUACAUUGGCCUAGAACCCGAGGAUGAUUCCGUAUGGCUGCCCUCGCAGCUGCUGCGCGCAACUAAUGGCAUUCUGCCAACUACGAGCUCCGAGGACACGGUCGUAAAUGUCUUGCGUCUGUUCCUGGCCAUGGCCUGCUCACCGGCCUGCACGCUGAACGGUCGCCUCCUUAUCGAGAUAUUGUCACGUUGCGGCGAGUGCUGGGAGCUUGGCUCACGAGCCACCAAGGCUGCUUCGCUGGCCGCCGCCUCACAAUGUUUGCGCACCUUUUGCGCCUUUCUGAUCGAGGAGGCCGAGGAAGUUAAGAAGACGGCACCGGCAGGCCUCAUGACACAGACCCAGGCCUCUGCCGUCUAUAAUGAGGUAAUACCCGUGAUGCAAUGGCUCUGCAGUCGUCUUGUCGAGCCCAAUGUGAAUGCGUCGCCGAACAAGAAGUGCGAGAACCACAGCUCGCUCUAUCUAACUGAAUGCAUAUUAACGUUAACAUCGGCGCUACCCCGCAACGUGCACGCCAACCCGCACUUCACGUCAUUCCUGUGGCAAAAGUUUUGCCCCACACUUGCCGCCGCACUCGGGUCGCCAGGUCGAAUCAAUCUGGACAAGAAGUUCACCUACAAAGAUGCGCUGCACAUGAUCGAGAACGAAGCGCGCGGCUUCUUUACAGGCCCGGGUCUAGAUGGGCCGCAGGCACGUUGCGUCUAUCUGACCGCCAUUCAGCUGCUGCGCAUUGCCGGCGCCCAUGGCUCGCUGCGACCUAUGGUGGAGGCAUUGUUCCACCGCAUGCUGCUACUGCCGGCGCCACAGAAUCGUACCGAGCCACUAAAGUGUGUGCGUGAGAUUUUCAAGAGUCCCGAACGUCUGAUCGAUCUGGCGGUCAUUCUCUACGUGGACAAGAACACCGCACAGGGCUGUAGCGAUGAAAUGGCACUCUUUCGACUAAUGGUGGAUGCCAUGGAGGAGUGCGCAUAUGGAGCCAGCGCUGGCACCGCCGCAGAGGCCAGCUUGCAAGCCAGUGUUGAGUGUAUGGUUGCCCUUCUAGACAGCCUUCAGGUCUUGUGUACCGGGGAAUUAACCGAAUCCAUGAUCAGCGAUCAGAUUGUGCAGGUCGUGAAUAGUCGUCACGAGCUGCUGAAGGAUGCCGACUACUCGGGGCCGUUGACAUAUCAGUCCAUGGCGCGUCUGCCGGCGCCUUAUCGAGACGCAAUCGUUGAAUUCCGACAGAACGUUUUCGAGAACUCUUCCGGCUCAGAGAGCGAGGGAGAACAUCAGCAUGAGCAGGAUGCCGCUUCCAAUGGCUCAGGUGACACAGAGGGGCCCGAAGACGAUGAUCCAAGCACGUCCAGCGACGAAACAUCGCGCGUAGAGAAUCGCUGGCCCUACUCGCAUCUGGAAGCGCCCGUCAUACCCAUACGAACCGACAUCGAUAACGAUCGGCAGCAUGCUCGCGACUUUGCCAAAGCACUGCGCCACGACCUGGUUCCUAAAUUGCUACGUCUUCGCUCCUGUGUUGAGGUGGACGAGGCCAUGCAAGAGUUCGCCUCGGCCGUGUGUCAGGAAAACAGCAUGAAUUUCUCUGACUUCGACUACAAUCUGACGGCCAUCAAUGCCGAUGGGAUUUAUCUGGCGAUAUAUUCCUCGCUCUUGCUCAGCCUGCAGCUGAUGAGGGCGGGCUACUACGAGGAUGAGCAGCAAAAAGAGAUUUUGGUGCCCAUGUCGGAGCAACAGUUUGUCACAUCCGUACAGAAUACGGGUGUGCUCGUCUACCUUUCCUCGCCAUGGCUCUGCGAACUCUACCAGUCGGUGAUUAUAUCCAAUGUCCUGGAAGCUAUGAGCAAAGAUGAUAUGGAAAACACCGCCACGCGCUGUGCUCUUGUGGAUAUGCUCUGCGAUGCAGGUGGAUUGGGCGCCACGCAAAUGCUCUCGGAGUGGCAACGACUACAGACGGCGACGGUAAAGCAUAGCGAUGAGCAAUUCGACAAGCGACGUGAAGCCGCCAAAAAACUGUGCCGUCGUCUGCUCACCUGCUGCUGGGACUCGAUGGUGAUUGUGCUAAGCUCGGGUCUGGGCGAUCUCCAGACAACUGCUUCUAAUAAGUUAGUUGCUCUUUCUAAGCGCACGCUGCGUGUUAAGGCCAAGACGAACAAGUCGAAUGGAGAGGCACUCUACGCCAUGUGUCUAGAUGGACUGCAUUCGGCCGCCACACUAAGCAACAGCCUCAAUCUGCAGCAUCUCGCCGGAAAGAUACUUAACUUGCUGGCCUCAAACGUUUGCCAGACAACAGGACCACGUAUUUCGGCCAGCCAGGCCAUGUCCAUGGAUGUGGUGCUCACUGGUGGUCUCAAUCUAGGCUCCUACAGCGCCGAUUGCUGGCAAUCAAUAUUCGCAGUGUGUCGUCAUGUCAGCCAGCUGGAGCACGAGAUCUUCAGUAUGCAGAAUCCACCAAUAUCCGCAUCACCUGGCACCAGUCGACGUGACUUAGAGACGGGUGAAAAGCUGAGCAGCAAUGGUAAUGAUAAGCUCAAUUUGUCUUCAAUUCCUAUUGACGAUGAUGAGACUUGUGUCGACGUCUAUAGCUUCCUUCAGGCCCCACUGCAGAGUCCAAAUACCAACAUAACAUCCAUUCUGAAGGUCUACUCUGGCACCAACGAGACUGUGCUGCUUAGUCAGUCGGAUACCUCGAAGGUCCUAUGUGCACUUUCCCACCAGGCCGAGAAUUUGUUUAGCGAUGCUGCUGAGCGCCUUAGCCUGCCCUCGCUGUGUCAGUUCCUGAAGAAUCUGUGCCGUGCUUCACGGGAGCAACUCUACAAGAGCACCGUAGCCCGCAAAGGCAGCCGAAUUUGGUGGCCUAGUAAAGGCUGGAAGAAGAUCGAUUCGCUCCCCAUGUCGCUGCUGCUGCAUCGAAUUGGUGAUGUUACCUUGAAGGUAUUCCGUAGCUCACGGCCUCUGCUGCACGUGCUUAAAGUCUGGGCCAUCACAGGGCCCCAUCUAAUGGAUGCUGCAUGUCACCGCGAUCGCAUGAUAUCGAAGCGCGCUAUUGAAUAUAUCCAUGAUAUCAUUACGGCGCUGCUCGUGGAACAGUCCGAGCUGCCAUAUUUCCAUUUUAACGAGGCGCUGCUUAAACCAUUCGAGAAUCUACUGAGCAUGGACACCUGCGAUGUGGAUGUGCAGGAUCAAAUUGUGGCCUGUCUUUACGAAAUUGUGGAGGCCCAUCGGACCGAGAUACGUUCCGGCUGGCGGCCACUGUUUGGCACGCUCCGCAAUGCUCGCAGCCGCAUGUUAAAUAUGAGCAACAUUAUCGAUAUAUUCCGCGUGUUCCUUGAUUCGGACAAUACGCUGGUGUUCGCAAAUGCGGGCCUAGACUGCAUUCUCUGUCUGCUAUCAUACCUGGAAAUAUCGGGUGGAGGAGGACCCAACAACAAUGCAUGCGGUGAGGAUGAUACAACGUUCAGACCCACAGAUUUUCUUCAUGAAACGCUGCGCUUCCUGGAGCGCUGCUCAUCUAUUUUGGGCUUUAUGUACAGCAUGCCCAAGUGUCCGAACUUUCAUUCGACGUACAAGAUCAAAGGCAUUUCAUACACACAUAUCAUUGAUGCUAACAUACCCAAUUCCAUGGAGAACUUCACCUACUUCGGCAACGACUAUCUGCAAACCAAAAAUGAACAGUACAUGAUCUCGUACCGAUCGCUGCAUAUUGAUAAGGACACAAUCGUUAAGAUUGAUGAGAUGGACAAGCCGUCGGGUGUGCUAAAAGUUUGGUUUCUGCUCCUAGAUGGACUGACCAAUUCGCUCAUUGUUUGCCCUUAUUCGCAUCAGGCACCCAUACUGCAGACGAUCUUCAAGCUGUUUAAGAAUCUCUUUGGCAGUCCAGGCAUCGAUUUUGGAUUCUAUUGCAUUAACCAUUUGCUCAUACCCAUGAUCCAGGACUGGUUGCGUUACAUCAACAAGACCGGCGCCUCGUGGCAGCUCAUCGAGAAGAAUUUCAAGCACUGUUGCUGCAUGACCACCGAUCUGGUUGUGGAGUUUAUUGAGAAAUCGGUGCCUGAGCAACGUCGACAGGGUGCUAUCAAGACACGUGUUACCCAGAUCGUGCAUCCAGCCGACAAUCUCAUCUACUCCAAGCUGCGUUUUGUCACUGAACGCGUCGAGGAGCCACAAGCACCGGCCGAGCCAAAUUACAAUCAGUACGACAGCUCAUCCUCAUCCACCAGUGAUGAGAACAAUGCAACGACAGCGGGUAGCGUCGGUGGAGUUGGAGGCGGUGGUGGCGGUGGUAGCGGAUUGUGUUCGGCACCUGGCUCCGGGUUGAACAAUCACAUAAUAGAGUCACCCACAAAGAUUUCUAGCUCGGCAACGCUGGCUCUCAAGCAGCUGCUGCUAGUUCUCAUUGAGUGUGCUGCUCAAUCGCAGGAAGCUAUUGCACGCAUCUCGGUGUCAUGUUUAAAGCACGUUAUCCUUUCCACGGGAAUGCUCUUCAAUGAGUCCCAAUGGAUGAUCGCCUGCUCUGCGAUUCAUCGCGCCUGCACCGUGACGAUUGCGCCUCUGCGUCAGCUCUCCUUUGCUUUCCACGAGAAAUCCAACAGUUUCUAUGGUGAUUGCGCUAACGUUAAGGUUGCAGCUCGUCGGGAUAGCACAUUGGAGGAGCUGGCCCGCAUCUAUGCACUAGCCCAGCAAGUAUUUUUGUCGGACAAUCAGCGCGAACCCGGGCAGAACAAGCCUGCGGGUGCGCACCUGGACAAACAUCUAACGGACGACCGCAGCUAUUCGUUUCUAUUGUAUCCAUUGAACAAUGGCUUCAACUCGAACCUGGACAACUUUGUCAUACGCAUACCCUUUAAGAAUCUUGUUGUGGGUCUGCUAGCCAAUCAGAUGCUGUUGCAAUUGGUGGCCAAACUGCUGCUAUCACGACUCAAGUGCGUACCGCAGGCUGUGUCCACUUGCAUCUUCGACAAUUACGCCACCUCAGCUGCAACGCCCACCCAUGACUACGAUUUAGACUUUCGCUCCAAGGAAAUUUUGCUGCGAUGCGUCAAACAGUAUCUGAUGUCGGCGCUGGAGUUCGACUCGCGACCGGGUCUCAAGUUUCUUAUGCAGAAGGUGUCCAACAUAGAAUACGCCGCCAAUCUGUACAAACAGAUGACAUCUUCCUGGAUGAUCUACUAUAUAGCGCUGGUGGACUCGCACCUAAACGAUAUUGUCGUGUACAAUCUGGGGCCGGAGGACCUAAAUUUCAUACUUGAGUCCUGUUCCCGUCUGAAUACAACCACCGUAAAAAAGAAGGAGAACUUUGUGCGCUAUCUGUUUUGUCUUCAGGAUGCGUGGAAUCUUGUGUGCGAGCUCUACUUGAGCAACUCAGCGCUGCACGACAUUGAGAAUGGCAAGCUCCGGAAUGGCCCGGAUGGGGCUGAUAAGCGCAGCUUUGCGCACAAUCAACUACAUAAUGCCCAAAAGCUGGCGAUGCAUCCGAAGCCGAUGUGCAUCUCAUUGAAUGGCAACGGCGAUGCCGCCAGCAUGUCCAGUCAUUCGGAGAUGACAGACACGUCCACAUCGCCCAGCAAGUGCAUACAAUUGGAAGAGGAGAAUGUGACUAUGACGACGCUGAUCAGUGAAUUCCAGCCAAAAUGCCGCAACAAUCCCUUCGACACGAACCGCCAGGCCAAAUCGGAGGCGGAGUCUAUCUCGCCGGAGAUCGAGCAGCAACGUGCCACAAGCAUACUGAAGGAUUCGAACUAUAAACGAGCAGCUCUCGCCCAACUGGUAGUUGCGUCGAUGGAAUUGCUGCGUUCACUGCCCACCGAGGCUGAGGAGAACCUCAAGUUGUUGAUGACUCCCACAAUACGUGAGGCAUUCCGGCUGGUCCAGCUGCAGGGUAAUGAACUAAAGGUUAACCAAUUUUAGGCCAUGCUUGUUGAGUUUUAUUUUGAUCUGUAGGCGCAAGCCCCCACAAUCCACUCGUAACUAACAAUCGUUCCGAUGUUUCGAAUCCCAGACAGUCCAGAUAACUCGAGUAUCGCCCAUCUGAUACAACGUUAAUGCGAUGCGUGAACUUUUAACUUCUGAAGUUGCAAGCAUUUCUAUUAAAAUACCGCUCUCACAAUUUCCGAGGCGUCUGAGGCGUCGCAUUAACGUAUGUAGUAUGGCACACAACCAACAUGCUCGAUGCCGCACAAAAUUUAGGGCAAAACUAUAUGUAUAUGAAAUGUACGUAUUUGUCAAUAUACCUACUUAUAUAUACAAACAUACAUACAUAUGUAAUAAUUUCACACACAAUAAGACUUAAGUUACAAUCAUAGUUUAUU